AUUCGUUAUCAGACGUGCCCAUACGAUUUUGGUUAAUAGUGAUAGAUUUGCAAAAACGAUCAUACCUCUAAUAAGAUAGGAAUCGUAACCAUGAUUCUUAAAUUAAUUAAUUUUAAUUCGCUCGCCGAUCGGUGCUAAGUGAUGAAUAAUUUUACAUAUUUUCAGUUUUAAGUGCUGCUUAGGUGUAGGUAAAUUAAAACAGUAGGUAUAUAUGUAUUUAAAUUUUUUUUUUAAGUGUUUUUUUUCUUACAGUUUUUGUUUUAAUUCUCAUUAUAUCAUUAUCUCAUUAUCUCAUUACCUCUGGCCUGUACAGAUUGUUUUUGUAUGAAUGUAUACCGAAAAAUUCUACCCAUUUGAAUAAAUUAUUUGUGUAAUUUAAUAUAUUGCGGAAAACCUAUUACCUAUUUAUCAUUAUAAAGGUAUGACACGAUCUGCAGGUAAUUUAGGUGUACCAUCUACAAUUAUGAGUUUAAUUGUUUCUUCUUUUAAUUUAAUACGUAUAUUUUAAAUUUGAUUGCAUAUCAUUUGACAUUCAUGCCAAAAAAUGUAUUCGUCAUUUGCUGUAGCUCUAUGUUUUAUUUUUUUCAGGUAUAGAUCUGAACAAUUAAUUGAAUAUGUUUUGUCCAAACGGUUCGUUGGUUGACGUAUGGGUCAAUGAAAAGACGUCAGAAUGUUUUAUAGAAACUACGGUAGCGGGCACUUUGGCUAUGUUCAUGAUCCUGUUUGGUACGGCACAAUGUUCAGUAUACAGGAAAUACAGUACACCUCUCUCACAAGCUUCAAUUCCUCAAUCCCGACUAUAUUAUAUGCAAAUGAUCAUUACUUUUCUCAUUCCACUAUUGGCAGUGGCUAAAUUUUGUUUUGACGUUUACCUUAUUCAAAAUGGUAUUGUCUACGGUUAUCAAGUAAGUACCUAUUUGAACAUUUUUAAUUUGUGUGAUGAAUAUUGGUGUACAUUGUUGAUUAGGUUGUAGGGAACGGAUUUAUAUGAACAAAAAAGAGUUAUUUUUUUCUUCAAAACAGUAAUGAUUUACAUAAGUAAUUUGUAGCUGUAAAUAAAAAUAAAAAAAAAAAUAUAUAUAAAUUUGCAGAAAAACAAAAAUUGUUUAGGUAUGUGGUUAAUAAAGUAGCAUUUCCAUAUAAAUCUGUUCCCAUAUUGAUUAUUUUCAAUUAAAUAAGUUAUUUAUAUAAUUAUUAUUGUUUAGGCGUUAUAUAUGCUUGUCAUGGUGUUUGUAUUUCCCCUUUCGGCAAAACUUGUACUAAUGGAAAGAAACAGUCUACUACCUUCAAUGCCAGCCCGUGGACAUGGCUUAGUCUUGCUUGUAUUUUGGAUUUUAAUAUUCACUGCUGUAAACUUGACUUUCAUUUCGAUCAAAAAAGAAAAUUGGUGGCUACAAUUGCAUAAGUUAGUAUAUCAUUUCAUGAAUGGAUUAUUAUUUUUUUUUGUAUGUAAUAACGAUAGUACUUAAUUAAUUUUCAGUAUUAAAGGUCAAAUUGGAUUUAGUUUAUUUGUUGGAAAUUAUAUAUUAAGCUUUUUACUAUUGCUCUUGGGUUUAAAAGCCCCCGGUAUAAUGACUGCAAGAGAUUACUUCAGUCUCAACAACUCUUCAGAUUUGUUUUUAGAUGUAAGUUUUUAAUAAAUAUUUAUUGAUAAUAGUGUAUUUUUAUCAUUGAGUAAUAUCUUAUAUAAUUCCCAUUUCACAUUUUGUUUGACUUGUUAAAAAAUCUAUAAUUCUUUAUGUAUUUUCUUAACUUUUUUCCAUUUAAUAUAAUUAUUUAUUUUGUUUUACUUUCUAGGUUUAAUUUUCUAUUAGUUUAACAAGCAUCCUAAGAAUUUUUCUAGGUUUUCUUGAUAACUGAUUUCAAAUAAAUUCAAUUUUUAUAUGAAUUAUUGAUUUUAAAACUAUAUUAUUUAUCUAAGAUUAUAAUAUAUAUAUUUCUUAACAGUGACAUUGGAUAGGGUGCGUUACUCAUACAUUAACUAUCACAGGUCAAAAAAUUAUUAAUGUUUUCAAAAAUAAGAAUAUCUAAUAAAUUUGAUAAGAAAUAGAAUUUUAAAAAUCUAACUUUAAUGCAUUUUUCUUUUUCAUAAAUCUACCUAUUUUCAAAAUGUCAGAUCUCUGUGUGUUCAUUGCAUACACAUGCUCCCAGUCACUUACUUUUAUAAGAUAAAUAGUAUUUUUUAAAUUGUUUGUUUAUAUAAACACAAUAAGAUACAGGGGUGCAAGUUUGUUGUAUCUUAAAACAUUACUUACAUACUUUUAAAAUUUUUAAAUAUAUUUUCGAUUUCAUGAUUUAUUAACAAUCAUAAAGUUCUUUGAAUUAUUGUUGUAUCUACAUAGAUAAUUUUUAUAAGUGUAUAUUCAUUACUAUAAUAUAGUCAAGGGGGAUUUAUAUGUGUUCCGUGUUUUUAAUUACUAUUUGUUAUCUCUAUAAAGUCUCAAGAUUCUAUGGCUUACAAUAUAAUUUAUACAGGUACUUCAGUUGUUAAUUUUCAUUCAUAGAGAAAUAGGUGUAUAUAUUAUUUUAUACAAUUUUAUGUUUACAUUAAUUGUGAAAAAAAAAUUCAUAGACUACUAAGUGUGGACUAGAUCGAUUAAUAAAUGGGUCAUCCGAGACCUUUCUUAAAUGAUGUAUUUUAUAUUAUUAUACUUUAAAUUUAUUUUGAAAAGAUAUUGUACGGUAUGUAAUCAUUUUAUAGUCUGAUCGCGUAGAAGAAGUAUCAACAUGGAGCAAUAUGAUGAGAAAAGUCAAAAUGAUUGCGCCAUUUGUUUGGCCAAAGAACAGUUUGGCUUUACAAUUAAGAGUAGUGGCUUGUAUUUUAUUAGUUAUUGCUGGUAGAGUUGCAAAUGUAUAUGUACCACUUUACAGUGCAAAAAUUGGUUAGUUAAUAAUUAACUAGGUGGGUAAAAAUAAUAUAAUAACUAAAUUACUGAUUUUAUUUAAAUUUUAGUUGAUAGCUUGACAGCUGUUCCUCUUGUGUUCAGAUGGGAUUUGAUUUUGAUCUAUAUUGGAAUUAAGUUUUUACAAGGUGGUCUUGGAAUGGGUUUCUUGAAUAAUUUUAGAAGUUUCCUAUGGAUUCGAGUACAGCAAUAUACUAAACGGGAGGUUGAGGUAAUUACGUUUUUAUUAAUUGUCCUUAAUAAAUAACUAUAUUAACUUAAUAAUAAUAACUAUAGCUUAAGUUUUAAAAUCCAUUUAAAUAUAUGGUCGGUAAUUUGUCCUUAAAUUUAAUUUAUUUAUAAUGUAUAAUUUUACUUUUAACUCAUAUUUGGAGUAUACAUACAUUUUAUAAUUUAAAUGUUGAAACCUGGUACUAAUUUUAAAGUUAUUUUUGAAAAUUUACCAACAUUUUGUGUAAACUUAAAUUAUGUUUGUUUGUUUACAAAACCAUUUUGCUACAAAGUUUGCUUUAAUUAAAACUAUACAAUAUUUUAUAGAUAUCAUUAUUCCGCCAUUUACAUGAAUUGAGUUUAAAAUGGCACUUGAGCCGUAAAACUGGCGAAGUUCUAAGAAUCAUGGAUCGUGGAACGGAUUCUACUAACAGCUUGCUCUCAUUUAUACUUUUUAAUAUUGGACCUACUAUAAUUGACAUCAUUGUUGCGGUUAUAUUUUUCUUAUCGUAUUUUAAUUGGAUGAUGGGUACUGUUGUUUUUAUUACAAUGGUAUUAUAUAUAGGUAAAUUAUUUUAUAUAUAUGUAUAUAUUGAAAAUUAUUUAAAAUAUAUAUGUCAGCAAAACAUGUACAAAGUGAUCCAUGUUUUAUGAAUAAGCAAUUUUUUUUUGGUGGAUUAAAGUGGAUUUAAUUUACAUAUAUUUUUUUUUUUUAAUCAUGAAAUUGUUUUAGCUUUAUUUUAACACUAUUUUCAAUAUUUGACCUUUAAUUCUUUUACUUAAAAUGAGUGUAUAUUUUCGAUAUUAGUGUUAUAUAUGUUUUUUAUAAUAUCUAUACUAUCAGAUUUAUUUAUAUUUAAAACAGGACAGAUUUCUAUUUAUUAAUCAAAGGUAUAAGAAGUGACUGUAAAAAUAGUGUUAAAAAAAGCUUAAUAAAUUUGAUAAUAUUAUUAUUAUGAUAAAUUAUAAUAAAUGGAUCACUCUGUAAAAAUGUAUUACAAAGAACCAUUAAAGGUUAGCAUAUAUAUAGAGUUGUUACAAAUUGUUUAUGUAAUACAUUUGUUAAUAUUUCUCUUACAUAGUUUUAUAUAAGGUCAUCAUAUCAAAACAUGUAAGUCAUUCAGAAUAUUAGAAAUGUAAGCAUAAUUUGUUUAUGAAUUUGAUAUAGAGUUUCAUAAUGUUUAUUAGUAGUUUUAAAUUCAAUUUAUUGAUAUAAAUAGUUUAACUUUAAAUUUACUAAUAUUUGUAUUUCAAUUUAAAAUUAAGAUAUAAAACAAUUUAACAUUAAAUCACAGCCCAUAGAUACAUAAUAAUAUGAAGAAAAAAACCAGAUAAAGUACAGCAAAAAAUGUUGUUUGGAAUAAAUUGCAUUGUAAAAUCUUAUCUGUAGAUAAGAACAUCUUAAGAGAAUAUCAUAUUUGCAUUUACUGUCUCAGUCUAACUAACAGGCGACACAGCAAAGUUAUGUUAUUUAGAACAUAAAUUGUGACAUUAAGAUUGAAAUUGAAAUUAAAACACAAAUAACAAAAUUAAAAGAGGAGCAGGAUAUGUGUAGGGGCUAUAUGUACAGUUUUUUUUAAAAAAUUGCCAUACAAAAUAGUUUUGCCCAUAUUAGUUUUUUUUUUUUUUUAAAUAUUUAAGCUGUAUCAUUUUUGUAUGACAAUGUUUUAAAAUAUAAAAUAUAAGUAUUGUUAAACAAUUUUAUUUAGACCCUUUGAGCCGUUUAAAUAAUAAAGGCUCAAGGCAUUUUAAAAAAAAAAAUAAUUAGAAAUAAGUUGCGCAUAGCCCUCUAAAAAUGUAUGUUGUACCGUAAUAUUUUUUUAUGUUGCCAAUUAGUUUGACACAAUAAAUGUGGUUGUGGUGUCCUCUAAACAUAAAUAAGUCAUGACCAGGGAUAGGAAUUUUUAAAGACUAAAAUAAGCUCUUAAAAAAAAUGUUUAAAAAGAGCACUUUCAAAUUUCAUGUUUGAACUCGUGAAUCUUUUUAAAACUACGAUUGCAAAUUUUUAUUCUAUCAUGCUCAGUGACAAUAAAUUAAGAUAACAAAAUGAAACAAAUACAAGUUGAAUAAUAGAAUAUAAAGAAAAAAAUCUGGGUUUAGUCGUUAGAUUUUUUAAUUGCAUAUUACAAAGGAAAUAUAUUUUUAAAAAUCAAGUAAAAAUAAUUAUUAUUUAAACUAAAACAUAAAAAAACUCUCUAAAAAAUCAUAUUUAAAUCCUUGAACUACGAUAGUAAACAUUUUCUCUGCUUAGCUAAAUUUAAUGGCAAAAAAAGGCAAAAAAAAACCAAGCAAUAUUAAUUGAAAAAUAAUUCCCGAAUUCUGCAUCUAAAAUACUUAUAUUUAAUUUAUUUGUAUUUUUAGCAUUGACAAUAAUAAUAACAGAAUGGAGAACUCAAUUUCAACGUCGAAUGAAUUUAGCGGAUAAUAACAUGGAAGCACGUAGUGUUGAUUCCAUGUUGAAUUUUGAAACUGUAAAGUAUUAUGGUGCUGAAGAGUAUGAAGUUCAAGCUUAUAAGGAUGCAAUUAUGGUGUAUCAAGUAAGUUUUAUUUCAUUUCAUUUAGGAUAGAAAAAAAAAUACUUCCAAUAUAUUAUUAUUACUUAUUUAGAAUGAAGAGUUUAAAACUCAAGUGUCUUUAGCGAUUCUCAACACCGUUCAAAACCUGAUUGUCUGCACAGGAUUGUUGGCUGGGUCAUUGCUUAGUGUUCAUUUUGUUGUUGAUGUUAAAGAAUUAACAGUUGGUGAUUAUGUUCUAUUUACUGUAUACAUUAUUCAGCUGUAUGGGCCGUUAAACUAUUUUGGCACCUUUUAUAGGUAUAAAACAAAAUUUAGUGUUUUAAUGUCAUCUAAAGGUAUCUAAAAUGUAUUCUAUGUAAAAAAUAUUUAAUAAAAUAAACACUUUUGAACAGAGCAAUUCAGAAGAACUUUAUUGACAUGGAGAAUAUGUUUGAUCUAAUGGCCAUAAAACCAGAAGUCAGUGAUGUUCCUAAUGCCAAAGAAUUAGUAUUGAAGACUGGACAAGUAGAAUUCCGCAAUGUUACAUUUUCAUAUCAACCAGAAAGAGUAGUUUUAAAGAAUGUUUCGUUUGUGGUUCCGUCUGGAAAAACAUUAGCUUUAGUCGGGCCAUCGGGUAGUGGCAAAACAACAAUUGUUAGAUUAUUGUUCAGGUUUUAUGAUGUUGAAUCUGGAUCCAUCAUAAUCGACGAUCAGAAUAUACAACUAGUUACACAAACAUCCCUUAGAAAGGCUAUAGGUGUUGUUCCACAAGAUACCGUUUUGUUUAAUAACAGCAUUAGGUGUGUAAAAAACUAAAACAAUCUAACAUUAAAGUUUAAAUAUUCUAAUAAAAAUUGAAUUUUAGAUUUAAUAUAAGUUAUGGAAAAGUGGAUGCUAAUGAUUCAGAAAUUAUGAAUUCUGCAAUGGCAGCUGAAAUACACGAAAGAAUUAUGAAAUUCCCAGAUUUAUACGACACGCAAGUGAGUGAAACUGAUUUUUAAUUACGAAGUAAUAUUAAAUUGUAUCGAUUUUUCAGGUUGGAGAAAGGGGGUUAAAACUUAGUGGUGGUGAAAAACAACGGGUAGCCAUAGCUAGGACUUUACUUAAAGCACCAGCUAUUGUUCUGUUGGAUGAAGCUACAAGUGCAUUGGACACUAAGACAGAAAGACAGAUUCAAGUAAAUACAUUUUUUAUAAAUACUAUUUUUGUCAAAUGGUCCCUCGAAAAUAUAAAAUUAUAAUAAUAAUAAUAUAUUGAAGCAACAGUAACAAAGUUGCAAACUCACUCUGUACGCCUAUACAGGGUGCUAAAAAGACGAUUUUUAAAGAUAUUAAGUCUAAUAUAUUACGUAGUAUUUUAAAUUUAUAAAAUAAUUUACUAAUUACAUUAUUUGCUGAAUAGAUAAUGUCCUACCAUCCCCUUCUCUUUAAAUUACAAUAGCCGUAUUCCUCUGAAGAUAUAUUCCAAAUUACAUUUUGGCUUUCAACUUGCUGAAUCAACUUUUCUAUGUUAAAGGCCAUUGUAGUAUUUUUUUUUGAUAAAAACAAAAGAAAUAAUUUAUUUGAAAAUUAAAUGUGAUGACUAUAGUCUAGUAAGAUUUAAAGAAAGCAAGUCUGCUGUUUUGACUAGUGUGCAAUGACUGAUUUCAGCCACAUACAUUCACCUUGUCUCGUUCUGACCGCACGCUAUCUGUUGGCUACCAUGCAACUAUGAACAUUCUAUUGGCUGCCACAGCUGGAUAUUUAAUGGCAGUUUAGUGCCUUACAGUUCAUCUUUUAUUUUCUACUUUUAUAUUCUACUAUUUUUAUACACUUCUUACACAUUCUGACAACUUGACUAGUUAUGCCCUAACUUGAGAAUCCAAUUUAUUUUAUAGACAGAUUAAAGAGAUAAAAGUUAAGAUGAAUUUUACUAUGUUGUUGAUUGUAUAUUUUUAGCUUUGAAUAUCUUUACAAACCCCCUAUUGUAGAGAGACGCAAUGUUGUAAACAUAUUGAGUCAGUCAAUAUCAGCUUUUGAGGGUUUCAACUUUAAAUCCUCAUCCCCAAUCAUACCAAUUUUCUUUGUAAGUAGUAUAGUUUAUAUUAUUAGAUAUUGUUUUAUUUGUAUUUUUAUAGUAUUAGGUUGUUUAUUGUUAGGCAAAGAAUAUUUCUAUAAUACAAAAUAGAGGGGAGACAAUUUGACUAAUAUUUUUUUUUAUCAGUAGUAGACAUUUUAUGUUUUAUGUUUUCUUAAAGGCGGCAUUGGACCAAGUAUGCGCCAAUCGUACUACAAUAAUUGUAGCACACAGGUUGUCAACUGUAAUCCAUGCCGAUGAAAUACUCGUAUUAAAAGAUGGAGAAAUAUAUGAAAGAGGAAGGUAUUUACCCAUUUUCAAUAUGACACAUAUUACUAUAAAUAAUGAUAAAAUAUAAUAUUAUUCUUUAGACACGAUGAUCUUAUUAUAAGAAAUGGCUUGUAUGCUGAUAUGUGGUCUGAACAACGGAAGUCCACUAGUGAUAUCACUGCUAACGAAGAGCCAGUGACUACAAUUGAUGAAACCGCAACUAGUUCAAAAAGUUACCACCAUCCACACGUUUAAGGAAUAUAAAAUAUAUAAUAUAAUAUUUUAAAAAAAUGUAUUGGUUUAGGGACUUGAUGUAAAGGUUUAGUCUGAGAUAUGUUGGGGUGCCCCCUUUUAUUUGGGAUAAUGACCGGUUUUACUUAUUAGUGAGGCAUAUUGUUUAAUUUUACUAUCAAUUGCUGCUUAAUUUGUAUGUAAUUUAAUUGUCUAAUAAAUAUUACUGUGGACUUCUCCAGUUCAUUGAAUAGAAUAUAAUACUUGAUUAAAACUUUUUUAAAUGUAUGUUGUUAAAACUACUUUUUAUGACGGAAUCUAUUUACACCAAAAUUCAGUUAAUAAUGUUUGAUUUUGUGGUAUCAAUUUUUAUUGCUUUCCCCAAUUAUCUUAUAAAUAGAUUUUACGUAAAUUUAAAAUUUAUAAUAUUAAAGCUUUUGCAACUAAAUUUGUUAAUCUAAUAUAUAUCAUUUGGUUUCAAUACAAAUCUUAGUCAUUUUAAAAUAAAUUUAUUGUUUAGAAGUAACCUAUACUCAAAGAAGAUUAAAGUUUCAUGCGGAAAUAGAAUAAAAAAAAUACUAUCUAGAAAAUUGUCUAUAAUAUCUUUGGAAUUAAAAAAAAAAAUAGUGUUUAAAAACUUAGAUUUUCAACUGAUAUAUAUCGCUUAAUUUCAAUAUCAAUAUAAAAUAUUGGAUCUUUUAUCGGUAGCAAGUAUUUGAUGUCAGAAAAAAAUAAUAUCUGUUGUUUUAACUAAGACAAUGAGUAUAAGAAAAUCUGUAUAUUGUUGCAAUGGUGAAUGACAUGAUGUAUUUUAUAAUUUAUAAAAAGUUUUUCUGUUUCCACAUUUGUGUUUACUAAUUAAAUUAAAUAACCAAUGUUAUAUAAAAAUUUAGUUCAUCAAAUUAUUUUGUGUAUUCAUAGCUAAUAAGUAUUAAUUAAACCAAAAAGGCCUUAUAAAACCUGACCAUCUAUUUUUGUAAUUAAUGUGUAGUAAGACACCAUGACAUAUAUUCAAAUAUUAUUAUAUUUUUUUUAUAAACUUAUAACUUAUAAAAGUUUUCAAUUACAAUAUGGUAAUUAAAACUAGGCCUCAACGCCUAUAUAUUUUGAUGUUCUAUUAUUCUUGUGUAUUAUUAUCCUAAUUAUUAUUUCGUACCUGUGAAAGUGAUUAACUAUCAGAUAAUUAUAAUAAUAAUAUUGAUAAUAAUAAUAUUAAUAAUAACUUAUAUUAAAUAAUCAAUAUUAUUUAACAUUAAUACAAAGUUUAAAAAAAUUAUUUUGUGUAUCAACAUACAGAUAUUUCAAUUUUUCUAAACAAAAUUAGAUGCAACCUGAUAAUAACAAUUAUUUUAUACACAUAUACUCGAGUAUUAAUAACUCCAUUCAGAUUUGCAUUCAUUUAUUCUAUGUAAACAGUUUAGAAAUCAUUUGUUGGACAUGGAACAACUGUUCAUAAAAUAAUUAAAAUUGUACUUUGUUUCUUUACAAAUGUAUAAAUGUAAACCAUUUUAAAAUAUUUAACCAGUAAUCUUAUAAAUUAAAGCCACAACUCAAUUGUUAUGAAAAAAAUAUUUUAUGAUUCUAAGUCAUAGUUAAACAUUUUUUAACAAUCAAUUUCCUUAUGAUUAUUACUAAUCAGUGGUCAUCAUAUAUAUUACAUGUUAUAGAUUUUAAUUGAAAUUUUAGCAACUAUAAAUUGGAAGUAUUAAUUUUACGAUAUUCAAAAAACAAAUAUAUAAAAAUAGUUAAUUGUUUUUAUUGUUAUAAAUUGUAUAAUUUGAUUUUUAAUGAAAUAUACGCUAUUAUUCUACUAU